AUGGGCGGCUUCGUCACUCCACACAUGCAGGGCUUUAACGGGCUGUUCCGGCAGCAGUGGCAGGACUUCCACGUGACGGAGAUGGCGGUAGAGGACGGCUCAUCACCGAAGACGUGUGAGGAAGCGGCACUGGUGGUCGCGGACAAGGACGGUGCCCACCAAGCGGUGAAGCACUUGGGGAGCUGUGGCGGCCGCCCAUUAUCUCGCGAUUUUAAGUUCAGCACACCACCGCUGUUGUCGCUGCUCAUCAAACAAGAGGGGGAUGCGGGCGUGCCGGGUAGAUGCAAAGACCGGAGGACCGCGGGCUGCCGUCGCGAGGAGGCGCCCGAUGCAGCCGCGCAGGCCAGUUCCGAGGAGACGUCAUUCUUUCAGGUCGACGUGCGUGCGCGAGUCCAGCAGCUGCAGGAAGAGGCUGUCGCGGCGAAGGACCGGCAGGCGGCCGUCGAGGCGCUUCGACGUGAAGAGAGGCGCCAUUGGCCACGGCUGCCGCCUGCGGGUGCACAUGGAUUCACUGCCGGCGAAGCUGAUGCGGACGUUAUGCCAAGCAGCGGCGCGUCGCACGACUCUUCGUCGUGUGGGCGCACGAGUGCAUUGUGCGACGACGGCGCCAGCACCGAUGCAGCGCCGUACGCGUGUGAGUCAGAGCGGCCGCGGUGCGUCUCCGGCGGAUGCGUGAAAAGCGAAAGGGAUGUGCUCGACCGCAGCACGGACGGAGGGCGAUGCCAUUACCUGCAGUGCACCCUUCACAAGCAGCACAUGGCCCACGGCAAUGCACUGGCUCACAUCGCCCAGAUCCUGCGCAUCCACCCACGCAGCAUCAGUGUUGCCGGCAUCAAGGACUACAUUGGUGACACAGUGCAGCGGGUGCGACUCGAAAACGUUUCGCCUGCGGCCGCCCUCGAGGCGAACCGGCAUUUCCGGCGCAAAGGCCUGCAUAUGAAGCUGUCUGACUUCUCCUACGAGACGCGGCCGCUGAUGCCAGGCGACCUGUUCGGCAACCACUUCCGCAUUGUGCUACGCGACGUGUCAGUGCCACGCGCUGUAUUGGCGGAUGCCAUCGCGGCCUUUGGCGAGAACGGCUUCCCCAACUACUACGGCUGUCAGCGGUUUUCGUGGUUUGGUGGAAAGCAGGACGCGGCGUUUGCCCUGCUGCGCCACAACUGGCUGGCCUUUGCUUUCCUCUUUCUGAACUACACGGACAAGGACCGCUCGUUGCGGGAGCUGCUGCAGCGACCAAAAAAGUACCCGCACCCGACCCAGGACGAGUACCGCCGCCGCGUCGUGCGCCGCCUGCGCCAGAUCGCGGUCGAGCCGACUGACCUCGAUGCUGCGCCGUUCCUGUCGUGCCCGCCGCUGAGCGCUGUCCUCACGCACACCGACGGUCAGCCGUUCAACAAGGUCGAGGAGCUGAUCUGCGCACAGUUGCGCGACGCCUACUUUGAUUUGCAUGUGCAGAGCCGCAGGCUGACGGCGCAGCGGCUGUCGAGCUUUCUCUGGAACCAAGCGCUGACCCUCCGCCUGCACCACGUGGGUGGUGCCCGAGUGCUGGACGGCGACAUGGUGGCCCCUGCCGCCAUUCGGCAGCUGUCCACCAGUGUCGAGGAUCGCCGAGACUGGUUUCACACCUUUGGUGACCGCGUUACCGCAGAGAACCGGCAUCGCUACACUAUCGAGGACGUUGUGCACCCGGGCUUCUCCUUCGACGGCAUUGCGCUACCGCAGAACAUCGUAGGCGCCUACUACCAGCAAAUAUGCGACAAGUAUGGCCUUGACUGGAUGGCGCAGCACUCCAGAAGUGGCCUGAAGGACUUUCGCGAGCCGCCACGACCGAUCGUUCGCAAACCGCUGGAGCUGUCGUACGAGUACGACGAAUCCGCGUGCGUGCUAACGCUGCGCUUCACGCUGGAGCGAGGCUGCUACGCGAACGUUGCGCUCUCCGAGCUGAUGAAGUCGGCGCGGUGCCUCGGCGCAGAGACGGUGACAGUGCUGCCACUGCCAGAGGCUCUGUGGAACGGCUUGGGCGAGGUGGACCCUGGCUAUGUUACAACGCUGCAGGAUAUCUACGAGGGCUAUGAGGACGGCGUCGGCUUCGUGAACGACGAGGCGCGGGUGGAAGUCGCCAACGGGUCAGAGACGAAGGUAUGGGACCACCAAGGGCCGCUGUUCAUUCCGGAGGCGCAGGACCCCUUCCGCAAGGCGCACCGCUGGGGUAGUCAGCACCUCCUGCGCAACUCCGAGCGCCGCGAGCGGGAGGCGGAGGACAUGAAGCGGCUCUUGUUCGAGAGUUCACUCGCCACGCAGCUGAAGGAGGGCGAGGUGGACACCUAUGCCGGCCACACUGUACCGCUGCCUCCCAACGCAUCGGCGAAGCGGGUCUACGCGAAGGUGAUGCAGCGCAAGCGGCGCUACACUGGGUCGCCGCGGAUGGUGCCGCGCAUGCGACGGUCGACAACACCCACGUCGCACCGCACCGGGAGCUCGGGGCCGACCAAUUCGCUGCCGUCUUUCCAGUCGCUCAACAAGAACUCGUGGAACUUCACCUGGUAG